AUGGCACAUGCCGAUCUAUGCUCCGCCAUUUCCAGAGAACUUGAGGAACAUAUUUCAAACAAGCGGGAAAUCAUUCUUGAUGGCCAUGGCCUUACAUCCACUGGAGUAGUGGGUGCAGCCAGGUACAACGUCCAAGCUAAGAUCAGCAAUGAUCCAGCCUUAAUCACAGUGGUAGAGGAAAGCGUUGAAUUUCUGGCUUCUAAACUGGAUACCGCCAUAUACGGAGUGACCACGUUCUCCGAAAGACUUGAUCCAAGGCCAACAAACGCAUGUAAUUUUUACUUUCAGGGCUCAGCUGAUACCCGCAGUGAUUCGACCGCAGAUCUUCAAAUGGCUUUCCUCGAGCACCAAGUAUCAGGUGUCCUGCCCCUGUCUUCACGUUCCACAUCCGCCGGGCUCUACCUUUCAGAUCCCAUGAACAACGUCAUGCCUGAGGCUAUAACCCGUGGUGCCAUUCUCAUAAGGAUAAAUUCUCUGGUCAGAGGUCAUUCUGCCCUCCGAUUUCAAGUUUUGGAAACAUUGAUAACCCUCUUAAAUAAAAAUUUAACCCCCAUGGUACCACUCCGCGGAUCCAUCUCUGCUUCCGGGGAUUUGAUGCCGUUGAGCUAUGUGGCUGCUGCAAUCUGUGGGCAUCCUGCUAUAAGGAUUAUCGACAGGUCUUCUGCCGAUGGCCAUAUAGAAAUUAUGCCGGCUUCAGAUGCUCUCACUAAGCACGGCAUCACUCCAAUUGUACUCGGUCCCAAAGAAGGUUUGGCAAUCAGUAAUGGAACUGCUUUUAGUGCAAGUGCGGCUUGUCUAGUAGCACACGAUUCACAUAUGCUGCUAAUGCUUGCUCAAGGCUUAACUUCGAUGACUGUGGAGGCCAUGAUGGGACAAGCUCAAAGUUUCGACCCGUUCAUUCACGAGACCUGUCGCCCCCAUCCAGGUCAAGUAGAAGUGGCCAAAACCAUUAGAUCCAUGUUUGAGGGAAGUCGAUUAGUUAUUCACAUGGAUGAAGAGAGGAGUGUAGACCAAGAAAAAGAUCAAGGUAUUUUGCGCCAGGAUCGAUAUGCACUACGCACCGCCCCACAAUGGCUAGGCCCUCAACUUGAGGAAUUAGUGACUGUCAAUAAAACACUCUGUCGAGAGAUUAAUGCUACCACAGAUAACCCAUUGAUUGACAUAAAAAACAAGAAGAUUCUUAAUGGAGGAAACUUCCAAGCAAUGUCCAUCACCAAUUCUAUGGAAAAGACAAGAUCCUCUUUAGAAUCGAUUGGAAAGUUGAGUUUUGCUCAAGCAAUCGAGCUGAUGAACUGCACCAUGAGCAAGGGCCUACCUUCAUGUCUAGCGGGCGAUGAACCUUCUACUAACUACCAUACAAAAGGACUGGACAUCAAUAUGGCAGCAUACACGGCUGAGCUUGGAUUCCUAGCCUCACCCGUUUCCACGCAUGUUCAGAGUGCCGAGCAGCACAACCAAUCCGUGAACUCCUUGGCGCUGGUUUCGGCCCGCUACACUAUUCAAGCUGUGGAGGUCUUAUCAAUGUUAUUGAGUUCACAUCUCUACGUGGUGUGUAUGGCCAUUGAUCUUCGGGUGAUUGAUCAAAUGUUCCAAAAGGAACUGAAGGGUCUUCUCCCAGUCUUGCUUGACUCUCACUUCAAAUCUCGACCAACACAAGCCGCCGAUCCAUUGAUCGGGGCAUUGGCUUCGAGACUGGAAGCCACUGCUUCUCUUGACUCUGAAGCUCGGUUUCUGAGUGCUUUCAAGCAAACUUUGCAUGUCAUUCUUGCUUUUCCGGUAGAUUUAGAAGAAGCUCGUAGCUGGCCUUCCUUCGCCGCGUCACAAUCCACACUUUUGUAUAAACGCACCCGGGAUCAGUAUUUCGAGAAUUCUGAAAGUUUCCUCGCUGAGAAGUGGUUGGGGAAGAAAAAUAAACACCUCUAUCACUUUGUGAGAAAGGAACUUGGAAUCGGACCCAGGAGGGGUGAUGUCCGCUUGGGAAGACACGAAGGCUCAGUGUCCAUAGACGUAUCCAAAAUCUACGAAUCUGUUCGCUCAGGGGAGUUAUACAAAUUCAUGAACAGAAUGUUCUGA